AUGGGGGAAUACAAUAUUUCUGUCUUUCUUGUCUUCUUCAUCUCACUGCUAGCCAUCGUGUUGGUGAUGUCGAAGUUCAGAGUGGAACGACCAUUGCUCGCGUCGCUGCUCCCAGAAGCAGCCAUGGUCCUUGCGGUAGGAAUGUUAGCAAGUUUUUUCAUUCAUCUCAUCCUUGAUCAUCGAAGACCGUCGAAUGCGGACGAUGAUCAGUAUCAAAAUGACGACCUUGGAGCUUUAUUGAGUUUCAGUCCUGAGAUUUUCUUCAUUGCUCUAUUGCCACCCAUCAUUUUCAAUUCAGGUCUACGAAUCGGGGCAUUGUUUGUGAGACACAUUACGCCUAUCGUGUUAAUUGCCACCGUUGGCACCACUGUCAAUGCAGUCUGUGUUGGUAUGCUCUUAUUCCUGGUUCACAAGCUGGGUUUGGUGUCAAACGAUUUCAAUCCUUCACUGGCCGAGUUGAUGGCUUUUGGAGCGCUGAUUUCUUCGACGGACCCAGUAAGCACCCUAGCUGUCUUUCAAGCCAAACGAGUGAAUCCACAGCUAUUUUACCUUGUCUUUGGGGAGUCGGUGUUGAACGAUGCGCUCGCAAUCGUCUUGUUCGAGUCUUUCGCCAGAACGGUUGCUCAGCAAAAGAACUUCGCAACGAUCGCUUUGGGCUUGGUUGAUUUCGUUGUCGAUUUGGUCCUCAACUCAGUAGGAUCACUUUGUUUGGGAUACGCGGCUGGCCUGGGCACAGCAUAUCUUUUCAAAAAAAUUGACAUGCGACAUCAUAGACUUCUCGAAAUCUCUCUGUAUCUCGUGCUGAUGUAUGUUCCAUUUCUACUGGCAGAAAUCCUUCAUCUUUCUGGAAUUGUUACGAUUUUGUUUACCGGGAUGGCCGCAAAUCGAUACGUUGUUCCGAAUUUGUCACCAAUAACAAGGUCAAACUCUGACAUGCUCUUUCGAUUACUGUCGCAUUUGGCGGAGACAAGUAUCUUUCUGGAGCUAGGGCUAUCCGUGUUUGGCAUUAUUGGACACUGGAACUGGAGCUUCAUCGGUUGGUCGCUACUGAUCCUGCUCAUUGCCAGGGCGGUUAAUAUCUACCCCAUUGUUUUCUUUUUCAAUAGGUAUAUCCUGCGAGAUGAGAAGGAUUCCUUGCUGGAACAGGAAGUUGCUGGAAGUUCCGGCUUGCACUGGGGGAAUAACGAGCACCAGACGCCACAAUUUGUACGAACCCAAUCCGAUCUAACUGAAGUGACUGCAACGCCUCUAAGGAGAAAAGAUCUGAAGAUUCGACCAAAUGUGGCUGGAUUUAUGUGGUUUAGUGGUUUACGUGGCGCUGUAUCGUAUGCAUGCGUUAGAACGUUUCCAGAUACACUAGGUCACCAAAAAGACUUUACCAUGACCACAAUGGCGAUCGUACUCAUUACUGUGUACCUAUUGGGUGGCACAACGGAGUUGGCUCUCAAGAUUUUUAAGAUUGACACGGAUGUUGACGAACAUACAUAUAUGCGAGAAACGUUGAGGGAGCCGAUUGUGUCAAGUAGAAUAAGGAAUUUUGAACGGAAUCGUAUCAAACAACUUGUUAUUCGGGACUAUCGCGGAGACGAAGGAUUGAAGGACGAAAGCGCUCUUGAGCACAGGUUACAGGACUCAAGUAAGAGUUUUACAAGAGCUGAGGCCACUCUCUCUGAUGAAGCAUCAUUCGUUACGCAAGAUUCAUUAUUUGACUAUGGCGCACAAUUGUCAAAUCGGAGCAUAUGA